AUGGACCUGAAUGAGAAGACGUACUGUAUUCUGAUUCACGGGUUCACUAAGGAAAACAGAAUAGACAAGGCACUUGUGCUUUUUGACUGGAUGAAAGGGCUCGGGUUUGAUAGGGAUGUACCUCUCUUCAUGGAAGGGGAUCUGGUUGCUGCAUCUUGGUUGUUACAAGACGGAAACAAAUUGAGCAUUGGCCCCUUUGUAUCUCUGUAUAAUGCAGUUCUCGAGGGUCUUGUUAAUGGCGGCAAGGUAAAUGAAGCUUAUUUGCUUCUCCAGGAAAUGAUAGCUUCCAAUAAUUUAUCAGAUGAAGAGAUAGCUGGAUGUGCUAGUGACAAUGAAGAGGUAGAGUAUAUUACAAACCUUUUUAAGUUUGAGAAAGCUGUAAUACCAAAUUCGGAUUCAUAUAGUAUUGUUAUUGAUGGUUUGUGCAAGUACCAAGAACUAGAUAAGGCCCUAGAGCUCUUGCAUGACAUGGCUGCAAAUGGAUGCAUAGGAAACUUGCUCUUAUACAAUAACUUGAUCCAUGAGAUGUGUAAUGCUGAUAGACUUCAGGAAAGCUUUAAACUUAUGAAAGCAAUGAGGGGUUUAGGUCUUGAGCCAAACCACUUCACUUACAAUUCAAUAUUUGGUUGCUUGUGCAGAAAGGAAAAGGUGUCUGAUGUCCUUGAUUUGAUGAGAGAAAUGCUACAUCAUGGGCACACCCCAUGGAUAAAACAUGAUACCAUACUUUUGAAGAGGCUAUGCACUCGUGGCAAUGCCAUGGAAGCAUGUCAGUUCUUAAGUGACCUGGAAGAGGUCGGCUUCCUACCUAAUGUCAUUGCAUAUUCGGCAGCCAUUGACGGCCUUUGUAGGAUAGAGGAAUUGGAUCAUGCUCUUAAACUAUUUCAUGACGUGCAUGCCCAUGGGUAUGCUCCUGAUGUAGUUGCUCAUAACGUACUUAUUCAUGGGUUUUGUAAGGAAGAGUUGAUGAGGCCCAAGGCAUAA